AUGGAACAAUUUAUGAGUGUUUGGAGAAAUUAUAUGAAAAAUUAUAUGAGUUCAGAAACACUGGAAAAUGCCGAGCUGUUACCAAAAAUAAUGCAAAUGGAAAACUUUCAACGAUGGAAUGAUGAUUUGACACUUCCCCAAGUUUUGUGCCACGGCGAUUUUACUCCACCAAAUAUUAUGUUUGAAAAGGAUACGAGAACAUUCAAAUCAAUUUGUGAUUAUCAGGUAUGGACCAUAUUUUUUAAAAUGAGUUUUAAUAAACUUAUUUAGACAUCAAAUAUUGGAAAUGGAAUGCAAGAUUUAGCAAGACUUCUCGCAACUUCUUUGAGCGGCCAAAAUCGUCGAAAACACACUGAAAAUCUUCUGAAAGUAUAUCACGAAGAAAUUCAAAAACAUAUCAGCUAUCAGAUUGAUUUCGAGAAAAUAAUUGAAAGUUAUGAAAUAUUUUUUGUUCUUCAUUCAGCGGUUUGUUGUAGCACAUCACCUGGUUCAAUUCUCCGAAGAUUAAAUGAGUCAACUGAUGAACAAUUUAAACAACAGGUUGGUAAUAUGUACUUUCAGAGGAAAAAAAUUCAUUUAUUUUCAGAUAAGUGACGUAAUGUGGGAAAAAUAUACAUUAUUAUUGGAAGAUAUGGCAAUCUAUUGGAAUUAUCAUUUUUGA